CAUUUUUAAUAAACUAAGGAUUCCAAAAAAAACUAAUCAAAAAUUAAACGUUUAAUUGAAACUAUCAAAAUUUAUUCCAAUUUAAUUAAAAAACCUCAUAAAUCACGGCAAAAAAUCAAAAACUAUGCUGAAUUUUUGGAACAUCCAUCGGAAAUUUCGAAAAGUUUUCGAAAGCUACUAUCAGCAUAUUCUAGUUGUUUCCCUUAUAAUUGCGGCUUCUCUUGGCUAUAUUCAUUUCGAGAUACAACAUCACACAACUAACAGUAAAGACUUGGAUCAAUGGAAUGAUUUUAUACAAAUAUUUAACGAACAAGAAGCCUUAUUCAUCUUUCCACUUCUGCUCCUUUUGAUUGUGGCAAUGAUUGGAUUUGUAAUUGCAAUAAAUUUGGAAUCAAUGCGAAACUACAAUAAUCUGACAUAUUUGGAAAUUAAAAAACGUUAUGCUGAUUUUCUUUUUAUUCAAUUAAUAACUCGUAUUGAACAAACUGAGAAGAAACAUUUCAUUGAUAGAAAUAUAAUCGCAAUUGAAUCGUUUAUACAUGCACAUGAAGAAUUGCGCAAAACUAUUGACAAAUUUCGUAUGGACACAAAGCAAUUAAUGGCAUUAUCGGAAUUUGAUGAACUAGUUUCACCGGAAAUGCUCUUUGCUGAUGAGGAAAUUCGACAUUCACGAUUUGUUGAUUUAUCAAUGGAAGAAGAUGUUGUAAGGGAUUUGGCCUCUUCGUGAUUAAAAAAUAUAGUGUUCUCAGUACGUUUGUUAUUUAUGUAUUUGUAUACAAUUAAAUUCUGUUUACACUUUUUGUGUUCGAUAAAUAAAAAAAGAUAAAAUGUGGAA